AUGAAGUGUGUACUCCUUCUCCUCAUUUUGCUGGGUGUAGUAUCUGGAAGAAGAACCCAGUUGCUUAAGGGCUUACCUGCAACCAGCAGUGUUGAAGAAAAUGCAGCAGCUGGUGUUUCAGUUUAUACUUUUAAUGUAAAUGUUUCUGAAGGUGUUGCAAUACUUCCUACCAUAGUAUAUUCAAAUCCACUCACAGAGGCUUUUGAUAUUGAAUCAAAAGGGAAUUUUGAAUACACGGUUGUUACCACUGGAAACCCUGUCCUAGAUUAUGAAACUAUGCCAAAGAGCUUUGAUUUACAGAUUUUUGUUGAAGACACAGCUGGGAGAACUGACCUUAAAACACUCACUGUCCAAGUAAAAGACAAAAACGAACAUCCUGUAUUUCAAGGAAAUAUGGCCUUUCAAACUGUAACAAUCUAUGUCUUGGAAGGAACACCUGUGGGAUGCAUUUACCAAGUUGAUGCAGCUGAUCCUGAAAAUGCUAAACUCAAAUAUUCACUGGUCCCUGCAUCAGUGCCAUUCUUGGUCGAAGAAAAUGGAACCAUUUCUUCCACAAAAGUAUUUGAUUAUGAGAAAGAUCCACAUAGUUACUUUUUAAAUAUAACUGUGACAGAUCCAGAUGGACUCAACUCAACUAAAGCAGUGAAUAUAAAUGUAAUUAACAUCAAUGAUGAAAGACCUUACUUCACCACGAAAAAGAGUACCUACAGGAUUCCAGAGGAGCAAAGCCCAGGCACCAUUGUUGCCAACAUAACAGCUAAAGAUCCUGAUGAUGAAGACUCUCCCAGCAGACUUUUCUACAGCAUCCAGUCUUCUGACAGAUAUUUUUCCAUAAAUUCAUUGACUGGAGUGCUGCAGGUGUCUGGGAGAAUCAACAGAGAUGCCCUUCCUCUGAAGCUCCACCCCGAGGUUUCAGUGGUGGUCCGGGUGGAGGACAGUCCCAGCGGCGGUCACACCAGCGAAAUGGCCAUCACAGUCAUUGUUGAUGAUAUCAAUGACAACCCACCAGAAUGCAAACCUUCUUCCUUCAGGAAAGAGGCAAAUGAAAAUAUGACUGCAGGGACAUUUCUUCUUGAUCUUAGAAAUUACUGUGAAGAUAUUGAUGUUGAUCCAUCAAACAAUCAAUUUAAUUUCACUGGAUUAUCUGGUUUUGGAAGCAAUAACUUCGCUCUGGAGCCCACUGUCCCUGGAAGACUUGUGAUGACUGGAAGUAUUGAUUUAGAAAACCCAGCUAAUCUAGGAGUUGAAGUCUAUUCUUUGACUGUCAGGGUGCAAGAUGUUGCCUAUCCUAACUACUCAAAUAUCAUCUACAUUUACAUCAGGAUAAAGCCAGUGAAUGAUUUUUUUCCAGUCUUCAGUAAUUUAUCAUAUGAAUUUAAUGUUCCAGAAAUUAUAAAAGUUGGAUCAAGCAUUGGAAAAGUGAUUGCCACAGACAAGGACUGGCCACCCAGUGCCAUCACUUACUCCAUUGUAGCUGGAGGAGGCACCAGAGAUUACACAAAUAUCUUCUGGAUCAGCCCAACCAAAGGAGAUGUGAAGAUUUUAGCUAGAUUAGACUAUGAAACAACUCAGAAACACAUUCUCACAGUGCAGGCCUCAGACCAAGAGAAGACUGCAACAGCAUCUAUAACUGUUAAUGUUUUGGAAGUAAAUGAUGAAGAACCAGUUUGUUCACCCAAUUUCUAUUCCUUUCAAAUCCCAGUCAGUUUAGCUGUUGGGACCAAUAUUAAUGGCUUCAGGAUUGAAUGUCAAGAUCGUGAUUCUGAUCCCAGGUCUUUCCGUUACACCAUUACCGAAGGCAACAUGAACAACCAUUUCACAUUUUCACCAAGUGCUGGAUCCAACACAUCUCGGCUGAUUCUUGCAUCAAGGUUUGACUAUGACAGUGGACUUGAUACAAACUGGAUUUACAGACUGCGUGUUGUUAUAACAGAUGACAAUUUACUAUCUGCCAAGGACAAAACUACAGGCCUAGUUCAAACUGGAACGGUGUCUUUAAAGAUCAGAGUUAUCCCAAACCCAACUACUGUCAUUACCACAACGCCUGGCUUCACUCUGGUGACGAGGAGGGAAAACCUGUACUCUGAAUCAGCCUGGUACGUGCCGUUCGUCCUCACCCUCGGCAGUUUGCUGCUCCUGGGCCUGCUGGGGUACCUGGGGUUCCUGCUGGUCGCCUGGCUGCGCUCCCGCCGCCCCACAGCCCGGAUGAACGCUCCAGAAAAGAAGAAACCUAAGAAAGAAGUGGUUGUGACAAUGACAAAGCUAAACACUGUCUUUGAUGGAGAAGCCAGAGACCCAGUUACUGGCAAAAUGUAUGAAUUCAAUACACGGUCGGGUGCCCGGAGGUGGAAGAAGAGCAAUGAGCCCCUUCAGGCAGCACCAGCCACGCAGGUAACACCCAGUGCCACAGAUGAUAGUGGCCAAGGGACAGAGAGAGAAGAGGCACCAAGCAAAAAAGAGCCUUCAGAGAAGAGGAGAGAGCUGACUGCAGAGACAAAACCAGCUGCCAAGCCCCCAGCAGGGCAAUCAGAAACACCAGGUCAGGAUAGGCUGAGAUUCCAAAAGCAGAAAGAAGAGACUGAGGACAGGGGGUUACCCUCACCAGCCCCCCAGGACAGAUACUGA